AUCUAUGGAGGGGGGAGGGAACAUCACUGAGAAGUCUUCUAGCUGGGAAAUAAUAUUGUUUGUCUCUAAUUUGUCUAUCUUUAUUGCUUUUCCUAGGUUUGUAACAAUGGUAAAGGAGGAUACUGUACGUGACAAUGAAAAUCCUGACCCAUCAGUAUGUGACAGAAAUGGCAUGAUUCCCAUGCAUGAGCAAAGCGAGGAGGGACCAACAGCAGAUGCCAAAGGUACUGAUGGGACUAUACAAACAGAAGAAACUGCUCUCUUGAAUCACUGUGCUCAGCCACCUCCGGAACCGAUAGCAGCCUCUUCAAUACCUGCAAGAACUUGGAGGCAAAUAUUUACUUGUCCUCCUCAGGGUUUACUGGCCCAAACAGUGACAAAUGUUGCAAUCGUGGUCCUGGUCUGGGCUGUGGUUUGGUCCAUCACUGGGACUGAGUGUCUCCCCGGUGGAAACCUGUUUGGAAUUCUCUUUCUUUAUUUUUUUGCUGUCAUUGGAGGUAAAAUUUUUGGAUUCAUUAAAAUACGAACACUACCCCCUCUCCCCGCUCUUCUGGGGAUGCUACUUGCUGGUUUCCUAAUCCGAAAUACCCCGUUCAUCAGUGACAUCGUCCAGAUAAAGCUACGCUGGUCUGCUGCACUGAGGAAUGUUGCUCUUUCAAUUAUCUUGACCCGAGCAGGACUCGGCCUGGACCCAAAGGCUCUUAAGAAGCUCAAAGCAGUCUGUUUGCGGCUUUCUUUCGGACCGUGCAUCUCAGAAACGUGCACAGCUGCUGUCCUUGCCUACUUGUUCAUGCAUUUGCCGUGGCAAUGGGGAUUUAUAUUAGGUUUUGUUCUAGGUGCAGUCUCCCCUGCUGUGGUGGUUCCCUCAAUGCUGAUUUUACAAGCUGGGGGAUAUGGGGUGGAGAAAGGCAUUCCGACUUUGCUCAUGGCAGCUGGCAGCAUCGAUGAUAUUCUGGCUAUCACAGGCUUCAACACGUGCCUUGGGAUGGCUUUCUCUUCCGGUUCUACUCUGUACAAUGUACUCCGUGGAGUGCUGGAGGUUGCUGUUGGCAUCGCAGCCGGGGGGAUUCUAGGAAUGUUUGUUCGAUAUUUCCCAAGCCACGAUCAGGCAUCUCUGGCGUGGAAGAGGUCAUAUUUUGUACUUGGGCUGUCCAUGUUUGCUGUUUUUGGCAGCAUCUAUUUUGGCUUCCCUGGAUCAGGAGGGCUCUGCACAUUAGUCUUAGCUUUUGUUGCAGGUGUGGGAUGGUCUGAUGAAAAGAGGGAGGUAGAAAAAAUUGUUGCAGUUGCAUGGAACAUCUUUCAACCUUUUCUUUUUGGUUUAAUCGGAGCAGAAGUAUCUGUUACAUCUCUUAGGCCUGAAACUGUUGGACUCUGUGUUGCUACAUUAGCCAUUGCCCUCGUUGUGCGACUCAUAGUGACGUUCCUGAUGGUGUGUUUUGCUGGGUUUAAUUUCAAGGAGAAAGUAUUUGUCUCGUUGGCGUGGAUGCCCAAAGCCACUGUCCAGGCUGCAAUAGGUUCCCUUGCCCUGGAUACAGCAAGAAGCCAUCAGGAUGAGCAACUGGAAAAAUAUGGGAUGGAUGUACUGACGGUAGCUUUCUUGGCUAUCUUGAUCACCGCUCCAAUCGGAGCCCUGGCUAUUGGCUUGGCAGGGCCCAGACUUUUGCAGAAGGCUCAGACAAAUAACCAGGAGGAUGAGGAAGGUGCUGAGGCUGUAGAAGAGGCAGAGGCCUGUGAACCUUCAUAAGAGACCACUACAGGAAUAUAGUCCUUCUGCCCUUAUGCUUCUGCUGAGUAAACACAGCGUGUCUGUAAUCUUUCUGGAGGAAACCAAAACAAGUGUCAGCUACGUCUGCUAUUUUAAAAGCAGCCCUGGUGGAAUUUUAUAAAAUAUUUUUAUAUGUUGAUGGUGCCUUGAGAUGAAAUAUCUGAACGUACAGUGAAUAGGCUGGCCAGGCAGUGAGUCACUGAGAAGUCAGCAGUCAACAGUUACUUGAAACGUGUGGGUGUGAGGCCAGGGAGAGGAUGAGAAUUGUUCAGGCAUGGAGUGGAGUCAUGACGUGGAAUAUAAACAGAAGAAGAUGGAGACUAAUGUGAAUAACUUCUUGAUGGUUGAAACUGGGCUGUGAGAAGGCAAAUUCAACAGCUCAAAGAAUGCAACUUCUGAAUUAGAGACUGCUGACAACAGUGAACGAGUCCUGCCACGGGUUGGCGGUUCCCUCUUUCCUCAUUUGAGUUCCAAAACUUGCCUUUUCCUAUUGCUGUUCUUCCUCACAGCUCAUGCACCCCUUUGUGCCUCCAAGGGACUUGUCAGCUUUGGUCACAGCAAGAAACAGCAG